GAAUUGCUCAGAUUUUUGUGAUUUGAUCGUGGCACCAAUGUCUGAGACUGGAACGACCACUACGACUCCUACGACGACUGCUAUUACUACCACUACUACUACUACCAUCACUACUACUGCUAGCAAUGCAAGCGAGUGGUCGCCACAGGCCGUCGGGAUUGCAGCCGGCGUCGCGUUUACAGUGGGCUUUGUCGGGCGCCUCGUCGUCGUGACACGCAAGCAGAGCCGCCAGCUCAAGGAGCAGAUGCGCACAGCGCACGAACAAGUUGCCCAGACGCGGCUGCGGCCAGCCCAGGCGUAUCAGACCGCCGCGAGGACGCCGUCGUCGCGCACGUCGCACGUGCCGCUGCGAGACAUGCUCUCGCUGUCAUCGCACCCAACGUCACCUUCCGCAUUCGCUGCCAAGGCGCUCAUCUUUGGGACUGUGCUUUGCGGCACGGUCGCAGGCAUUUCCGUGUUUGCCGUUGCGAAAUCAAUGGGCGUUUCAUCGAUGGAAGAGUUUGCCCACCGAAUGCGCGUCAUCGUACCGGAAUACUCUGCCUCGAUUUCCUCCAGUAUUCGCGGACUGGGACUGGCAUCCACGCGAAACCAGCCGUCCGACGAUGCCAACGCUGCAAAACCCGCUGCAUCGCACGAAGCAACACCCACCACCACCGCCAAAGUCGCCCUUCCUCCAUCAUCUAUCCCUCAAGAAGACGAAACAUUUGAGCAACGGAUGCGGCGGAUUUUUGGCCGACGAGCAGCCGAACCAGCGUCUUCACCGUCGAGUCCGAGUUCUGCUUCUUAGUUUUGAGCCUUCAUAUCAUUUUUCUCGCCCUUUGUAAAAUAAUCCCCAUUCUGUAUCAUUUUGUUCAACUCAUUGCUCUUUUCUUUUGUACUAGUGAAGUGGUUUCAAGCUCA